AUGAGCUGCCUGGAUGACAAGUUGACCUCCCACAGACCCCUCACUGGAACCCCAACUCAGCAGUGGGACCAGUUCAGCAGGGUAGUGAAGGCGGUAGCUCAGUCAAUACUCAAUCCAAAGAAGAGAGUCCACCAGGAUUGGUUUGAUGAAAAUGAUGUUACCAUCGCCCAGCUCCUGGACGACAAGCGGAAAGCGUUGACAGCAUGGCAGAAUGACUUGUCUUCCAACCCCAAGAGUGACCGCUUCAAGCACCUCCAGAGCCGUGCCCAGGCUGCUCUCCACCGCAUGCAGGAUGAGUGGUGGCAGAGGAAGGCAGAUGAGCCCCCAGGCCCUAGACCAGAUCCCUCAGAGACCAACAAUAGUCUCAACACCCCUCCCAGCCUAGAUGAGGUCAAGAAACCCAUCAGCCAGACCAGCUCUGGAAAAGUUCCAGGCAAGGAUGGGAUCCCUGCAGAGAUUUAUAAGGCUGUGGGACCAGUGGCUCUUGACACCUUCCACAGCAUUCUCUGCAGCAUCUGGGAGGAAGAUGAUAUGCCUCAGGAGUUUCAGGAUGCCACGAUUAUCUCCCUUUACAAAAACAAGGGCAGCAAGUCAGACUGUGGCAACUAUCAAGGCAUAUCUCUGCUGUCCAUCACUGGCAAGAUACUGGCAUGCAUCUUUCUUAACCGCGUGAUCACUACUGUUUCUGAGGAGAUCCUGCCCGAGGCACAGUGUGGAUUCCGGCCCUGUCAAAGCACUAUUGACAUGAACUUUGCAGUCCGCCAAGUCCAAGAAAAGUGCAGAGAACAGAAUAUGAAUUUGUUUGUAGUGUUCAUUGACUUGACCAAGGCUUUUGACACUGUCAACAGAGAGGCCUUGUGGACAAUUUUAAAGAAGCUGCGCUGCCCCAGGAGCCACGCUGUCAGAGAUCUUGAGGUGUACCUGAAAUACAGAAUGGAUGGAGAAUCUGCCUUACAGCACAUCAUCAACAAGUUUGCAGAGGCAUCCUGUCUUUUCGGGCUCACCAUCAGCCUGGGCAAGACAGAGGUGCUGUUCCAACCCAGUCCUCUUGCUGCAGGACACCAGCCCUCCAUUGUUAUUGAUGGAACUGUGGAGGCUGACGAUGUGCUGACAAAGGAAGAACAGAUGUACCUCAUCAUCAAUGCCAGGAACAAAUGUGAGAGCUUCAUCAAGUCCAGACACAUAACAGCUGAUGGUAACUGUGUCCCCGAGUGGGAUGGCUUUGUGUGUUGGCCUGAAGGAGCUCCAGGACAAACGGUGUCUGCUUCCUGUCCUGAGUACGUCUACGACUUCAACCACAAAGGCAAUGCCUACAGGAAGUGUGAUGUGAAUGGAAGUUGGGAAAUCACUGCAAAGAACAAGACUUGGGCAAAUUACAGCGAGUGUGCAAAGUUCCUCACACACUACAAUCAGAAUCAAGAAAGGGAAGUGUUUGACAGACUGUACCUCAUCUACACCAUUGGAUACUCCAUCUCAUUCAGCUCACUCAUGGUGGCCAUCGUUAUUCUCGGAUACUUCAGGCGUCUCCAUUGUACGAGGAAUUUUAUCCACAUGCACCUGUUCGUUUCAUUCAUGUUGCGAGCGGUGAGCAUCUUUGUUAAAGAUGUUGUUCUGUAUUCGGGAUCGAACCUUGAUGAAACUCAACGGAUCACAGUUGAGGAUCUGAAAUCCAUCACAGAGGCUCCGCCCACUGAGAAAACCAAGUUUAUCGGCUGUAAGAUCACCGUCACGCUCUUCCUGUACUUCCUUGCGACAAAUUAUUACUGGAUCCUGGUGGAAGGUCUUUAUCUCCACAGCCUCAUCUUCAUGACCUUCUUUUCUGACAGGAAGUACCUCUGGGGCUUCACUGUCAUUGGCUGGGGCGUUCCUGCCAUGUUCGUCACUGUUUGGGCGACUGUUCGAGCCACACUCGCUGACACAGAGUGCUGGGACCUGAGUGCUGGUAAUUUGAAAUGGAUAGUACAGAUCCCCAUUCUGACAGCCAUUGCAAUUAAUUUCCUGCUCUUCUUGAACAUCAUCCGAGUUUUGGCGACGAAGCUGAGAGAAAGUAACGCUGGCCGCUGUGACAGCAGACAGCAGUACAGGAAGCUGUUGAAGUCGACGCUGGUGUUGAUGCCGCUGUUCGGCGUUCACUACAUCGUGUUCAUGGCCAUGCCAUACACAGAAGUGUCUGGAGUGCCCUGGCAGAUUCAGAUGCACUGCGAGAUGCUCAUUAACUCCUUCCAGGGUUUCUUUGUUGCGAUUAUUUACUGCUUCUGUAACGGAGAGGUCCAGGCAGAGAUUAAGAAGUCAUGGAGCCGGAGGACGCUGGCGUUGGACUUUAAGCGUAAAGCACGCAGCGGUAGUAGCACGUACAGCUACGGGCCAAUGGUUUCCCACACCAGCGUGACCAACGUUACGUCACGGCAGCGUGACGCUGGCAUGCGGCUCACGCCUGCUAAUGCUAACGCUAGCACAAACGGGCACCGUAACCUUCCGGGCUAUGUGAAGAACGGCUCGGUGUCGGACCAGUCCAUCCCGUCAUCUGCUCACGAACUCCACAUGCAGGAGGACGAGCCAUCCAAGAUAGCAACAGAUGAAAAACCCACCCCGUUGAUCGAGGAAGAGCGGGAAACAGUCAUGUGACUUGCUGGAUGUUACAAAGAACCUCAGGAUCUGCUCUUGGAGGAGUUUCUCGGUUAGCAUGUUGCUAAAUAAG